AUGGAGUAUAGGGUCAGCGCACUUGAGGAAACAUCAUUAGUUGAUUUCUUCACUUUCUCUCUAAUCGCUGCCAAUGAUGGCUGCGGAGGUGAGGAUGAUGAUGAAUACGACGACGACGAUGAUGAUAAAAGUGAUACCGUUGUUGGUGGUGAUGGAGAUAGGAUAGUGAAUAUAGAUAAUGGUGAUGAUGACGAUUGCACAGAUGACAACAAUGAUGAUGAUGAUGUAAGUAAACUGUCGGAGCUGUCAGAGCUUUUGAGUGAACUGGCUUUAUCAUAUGAUGACAAAGAUGAUAGUGGUGAUGAUGGUAAUGAAGAUGUAGUAAUUUGCACAUUAUUCGACAAUGUUGAUGGUAAAGAUAAUGAUGACGCCAUAAAAGGCUUUGCCGUACAAGAUGAAGGUGAUGAUGACGAUGAUGAAGUUGUAGAUGCAAACAAAGUUGCUGGCGUUAUUGUGGAUGAUAAAGAUGGUGAUGACGAUGUUGCGGCUAAUGCAGAUUUGACAAAUGAUAAGAAGAAAGAUGAUGAUGGCGUUGACGGUGAUGCUGUGAAUAUUGAUGUCAACGAUGAAUUUGGCGAUGAAGAUAGCAUGGAACGUGAUGUAAAUGAUGGUGGUGACAACAGUGGUGAUGAGAAAAAUAUUACCGACGUGGCUGAAUGUGAUGUCGUCGUUGUGGAUGAUGACAAUGUGGAUGAUAAUGAUGAUGUAGACGACAAUGAUGUUGAUGAUAAAGAUGAUACUGCGAGAGAUGAUGAAGUAGAAAAGAGGGGCUUGGCAAGUAUGCUUGAAGCCAGCAUGGUAGGUUUGAGAUAA